GAUAAAUAAAAUUUGCUUUGCACAGCUAGGCUGCCUAGCCACCAGCCGCCGCGGGGGCUGCAUUAUUACCGAGGCAGCUCACCAAAAAAGGCUGCCCUUUACACGCCAUCGAUGCGUCGAUGCAAGUAUUCAUAGAAACAAAUGGGAUGGCAGCCGAGUGAGCGCCAUCAUCGAUGCGGCUGAUGCGAGCGUUCCUCACGAUCACGCUGGUGACGACGAGCGCGGCGGCCCGCGGCCGCGAAAUCUACCGCAACGUCACGAGCAAGCGCGAGCGCUGCUUCGAGAAUAGUAAGACGGGCCGGCCCGCGCAGCGCCGCCUGGGCUUCUGGACCUGGGGCAAGAAGAAGCAAAAGGCCGACGCCUAUGAAAAGGAAGGGCGGCGCCGGGACGCGCUGCCGGCGUGCGGCACCGAGCUGGACGUACCCCGUAGACCACCGUUACUCUGGUGCGAAGCGCAUCGCCUGCGCUUCCCGAAGCGGUGCGGCCAUACUGUGCUCUGCGUGCCGCAGAAGAACGGCAACCGCGACUUUAGUUUGCUGAUCUAUGCGAUGACCUACGGCGCGAUCCCGCAGCAGGAGAUGGCCAUGGACACGAAACUGAAGCACGCGGGCCUGUCCAUGACGACCGUCUCCACCAGAGAUACGGUGUACGUCGUCAGCCGGAACCCCUACACGCGCUUGCUCUCGUUGUACCUGGAUAAGGUCCUGCGGUGCUUCGGCGUCGGGGCGAAUACCGGACGGAAGCGGCGGGUCAAUUGUGAUCAUGAUUUAUUGAGCCAGUCGGGCGCCUUCCCCGACGAGAUCGCGGACGUCGAACGUAAGCCAAAGAACGCGCCGUCGUUCGCCAAGUUCGUCACGCUCGUCGAGGAGGCCACGGAGCGGUACGACCUCUGCCAGGUCGACCACCACCUCUGCCUCCAGAGCCAGGGCUGCCUGCUGAACGGCGCGCGGCGGCUGCGCUUACUCCGCCUGGAGCAUAUGCAGAGCUGGUUCCCCUGCUUGAACCGGACGCUGGGCCUCACGUUCCUCGAGGACGACGGCUGGCGGCGCUGGAAGCGGCAGCCCUGCUUCUACGGCGACUGCGGCGGCGCGGAAGCCUCGAACGUCGGCGCGGUGCACCCGACGGGCGCGAGCGACCGCGUCGGCGAGUUCUACGACGACAAGACGGCGGCGGCGGCCCUUCGAUUAUACCGGGAGGACUUCGAGAUCCUCGGGUACCCGACGGCGUUACCUAGUUAGUGUACUUCUGUUAUUCUUC